AUGAAUAAUAAAGGUCUUUAAUAAUAAGAAGAAGCUGAAACAGAAAUAAACUCAAAAAUGGAAAAAAUAUACUAAGAAGAAUUACAAAAAGUAAUAAAUGCAGUUCAUAAAAUCGGUGCUUAAUAAUUAAUUCAAGUCGCAAAAUAAAAUAAUGGAUAUUUAGAGGAAAACAUAUUAAAGAAAAUAUUCAUGUAAGAAUAUGGGUUUUAUCCUUCUGCGAAUUUUAAUACUUUCAUUAGUAUUUUAGUUUCUUAAGUAGGUUAUAUACAAAUAGACGAAUUAUUAUAAAAAUUAAAUUUUGAUCAUAAAAGGCAUGUUGAAGAAUAAAAUCUAAUAAAAUAAUUAGGAUUAGGAAAUAAAAGUGUAUAAUAAGGAAAUUAAAGGAUAGGAGGAGCUAAAGAUGUAAAUAAGGCUUAAAGAAUAAGAUAAGUAUUAUUGGAUUUAUGCAAUUAAAAUUAUAAAUAACUCGCCGAUAUUUAUUAUCCUGUAGGAAUGUCUCCUUUGAUUGAUUUGGAGAUUUUUGUUUAAAAAACAAAGGCUAUUUUAAGCGAAUAAGGAUAAUAAAUACCUAAUGAUUUUGAAAUUUAGAAUUUAUUUAAUUGCAUAGACGUUAAUAGUGGAGGGAGUUUGACAUAUUCAGAAUUCGAGUAAUACUUUGUGGAUGAUCAUGAAUAGAUAGUAUAAACUAACAAAAAUUAAAAAGGACUUGCUUUAACUAAAGAUUUAGAAUAAUAGAUUUAUCAACUUUUUAGACAAGUAGAUAUUAAUGACGAUAAGUAAAUUUAAAUAGAUGAACUGAAUAAUUUAUUAGCGAAAAUCGGGAUAAAUGCCUCAAAUGCAGAACUGGAAGAAUAUAUGAGAAGAUAUGAUAAAAAUAAUGACGGGACUAUUAGUUUUGAUGAAUUUAAAAUUAUUAUGUAGGAAAAAAUAAAAAAUGAAAUGAUGACUGCUGAAACUAUAAUUGAUGAGCUUAAAAGAGAGUUUAAAAAAGUAGAUAUUGAUAAUAGUAGAUUACUUAAUAUUGUUUAACUUUAAUAAGUGUUUAAGAAUUUGGGAGUUGUAUUAACAUAACCGGAAUUAGAAGCUCUUUUUAAGGAAAUUGACUUUGAUGGAAGUAAAACAGUUGAUAUUGAUGAAAUGAUACUUUUUAUUACCAGAAAUUCAGAAGGAACAAGCCUUUUAGCUUAAACAGCAAUUCUUAAUAUUAGAUCAAGCAGAAAAUUUUCUAUAAAAGAUUUAAUGGAAACAUUUAAAUAAAUGCCAAAUAAUUUUCGCUUAUCAUUUUUUAGAAGCUUACAUUAAAAAGGUAUGAAUUAUCCUAGUUCUUCUUUAAAACCUAAAUUAAAUGAAUUCUAAAUUUAUCCUGAUUUACAUUAUGAUAAUAGCAAAUAAAUUUCUGUUUCUUAAUCUGUCUUCGACUAUAAUUAUAAUUGCCCUUCAUUUUUUGCAGAAUUAAAUCUUAAAUAAUGUAAUGGUGUACCUAUUCCUUAAGAACAAACUUUCCCACGUGAAAGAAUUUCGAAAAGAUAAAUAUAUAUUUCAUUCUUUGAUAGUGGAAGAAAUCAAUUUAUUGGAAAUACAUGUGCUGUGGAAGCUUUUUGGACUUAACAAUAUGAAGAUAGAUGGUCAUUUGUAUAAAAAAAUAGAGAAGAUAAUAUAGUAUAUUUAAAAUUUGAUAAUUAUGACAAAAAUAAACAUGCGAAUUUAAAUAUAUGCGUAGAAUUAGUAAUCCAUUAUAUUCCAUAAACUUAAAACAGUAACAUUAAAAAUGACUUAUAAAUUUCCAUAUCUUUCGUUACUAUACCUUUAAACAAUUUAAUAAAAGACGGUACAUAUAAUUUUAAUUUAUAAGGGGGUGAACCUAGUAAACCAGCGGUUAUUGACCCAAAUGAUAUUAGGACUAAUAGAUAAGGAUGGCGAUCUGUAGUAAAGGCAAUGUCGAAAAAAAUUGAUUCUUAAAUUGUUUUUUAACUAAAUACAAGAUUAUAGAAUAAAACUGAUUAAAAUUAGAUGGCUAUAAUGCCUUCUUGUAUUGUUUUGAAGAAACCAUAAUUGCCUUUAUUUGCUGUUUAUAGAGAAUAUUUCGGCUAUAAGAGUAUUUGUAAGAAAGAAAUUGAUACUACGUUGAGCUCGAAUAUUGUUUUUAAGACUUUUUGUAGAAUUAUUGAUUGCCCAGAUACGAGAGAUGUAGUAUGUGAUUUUUGGAAAAAUGAAGUUUUGACAAGAAUUAGUAAAUUUGAAGAUAUUCUAAAUGCAUUUUAAUAAGCAAUGAAUCAUUUCUAUAUUUUAUUGAGUCAUGAUAAGUUCUAGUUUUAAAAUAGUGACCCUACAGCAAGUGUUUUUUGCUUUAAAAAUCAAAGCUCAGAAAGAAUAAAGCUUUUAUAAAAUUGUUUGGAGGAUAUAAGAAUACUUAUUGGCUUGAAAUAGGGGAACCCGACAAAUUUAAAAAUUUAAGAUAAUUAAAUUCCAUUUACUAUUGAUGAGUUAAUCGAAGAUGAUGAUGAAGAAAGUGAAUUGAUGAUAAAAUGA